GGCGCCAGCGCGGCCCCGGGGAGCGCGAGCUGGGGGAGCGCGCGGCCUGCGGUCAGCGGCCCAGCGGCCGGAAAGAUGGUGUCCUGGAUGAUCUCCCGAGCCGUGGUGCUGGUGUUUGGAAUGCUCUAUCCGGCAUACUAUUCCUACAAAGCUGUGAAGACGAAAAAUGUCAAGGAAUAUGUCCGCUGGAUGAUGUACUGGAUUGUCUUUGCCCUCUACACUGUGAUUGAAACAGUGGCCGAUCAGACACUUGCAUGGUUUCCCCUGUACUAUGAGCUGAAGAUUGCCUUUGUCAUCUGGCUGCUCUCCCCCUACACCAGAGGGGCGAGUUUAAUAUAUAGAAAGUUCCUUCAUCCUCUUCUUUCUUCAAAGGAAAGGGAAAUUGACGAUUACAUUGUCCAAGCCAAGGAAAGAGGCUAUGAGACGAUGGUUAACUUCGGGCGUCAAGGUUUGAAUUUGGCGGCAGCAGCCGCGGUCACAGCAGCAGUAAAGAGCCAAGGAGCCAUAACGGAGCGUUUGCGGAGUUUCAGCAUGCAUGAUUUGACAGCUAUCCAAGGGGAUGAGCCUGUGGGACAGAGACCCUAUCAGACUUUGCCAGAAGCGAAGAGGAAGAGCAAACAAGCCAGUGAGCCAACGGCCUAUGGAAUUCCACUGAAAGACGGAGGUGAGCAAACCGAUGAAGAAGCGGAGGGGCCAUUCUCGGACGACGAGAUGGUGACUCACAAGGGGCUGCGGCGAUCCCAGAGCAUGAAGUCUGUCAAGACCAUCAAAGGCCGCAAAGAGGUGCGGUAUGGUUCGCUAAAAUAUAAAGUGAAGAAGAGACCACAGGUGUAUUUUUAGCAUCUACACCUCACCUAUCUCAAGACAAAUAAUCCUAACAAAUCAACUUCAUUUUCUAACUCAAUGUAUUUAGGACUUACACUUUAAAUCUACCGAUUGUGGCGAUGAUGGGAUUUACUUUAAUAACAUUAGAAAGUUUGUUUCUUUUAACAAUUA